GAAUUUUCUUUAGAACUUUACCAAGCUUUAUAUUAAAUUGAUUAUUUUGUCCAUGUGAAUGUUAGCAAGAUUUAUGCAAUUCUCAUUUCAUUACGUCAUUGUGAAAGUUUGACGAUGUAAUGGGUUUGCAUUUAUUAUACACCUUAUACAACGAUCCAUUCAAAUGUCCUUGCAAGAAAGAAAGAAGUCUUGUCCUGGCUGUGUAUUAAAUUUCCCCGUUAGGUAGGAAGUACAAUGGAGAACGAUAUUCUCGAUUCGUUAGAAGAUUUAGGGUACAAUGGUCCACUAAUGAAAGAUGGUGCUCUUCUAAAAUGUGUAAAAAAUGCUGAUAUUACUCUUGAGUUCAUGGGUUUGUGUAAAUGGCUUACAGAUGAGAUACAAGUCUUUACUGGAAUUAUUGAAAAUAUCACAGGAGCAGAUAAAGAUGAGUUUUCCAUUGAAAUUAGUGGCUUUUUACGAGAAUAUGGCUGUUCAUAUCCUGAACAUGGGGUAAAUGCUCUGAGCAUAAAGGAAAAUCGGCUAUUGUUACUAGGUUUCUUAACUUCUGAACUUCAAGCUUGUAGGAUGCUGGGUUUGGAUGACAAAGAGAUGGAUAUUGAAGAGGCAGAGGCUAGUCCAGCUUUUAAAAACAUCAGUGCUAUAUUAUCAGCUCUCCAUCUAUCUCAACCAAACCAAGAAACAUCCAUAUUUAAUGUGUUCUCAGAUAUUGAGAAGAAAGUGAAUGAUGUUAUUCGACAAAGUCCUAGAGGUUUUCUCGGCGAACCCUUGUUAACCAAACGACUAAGCCCAAAACAAUGGGCUCAAGUUGAACAAAUUAACAAAACUUUAUCAAGAGAAUAUUCGUUACGUAGACAGACAUUACUGAUGCGUCUCGAUGUCACUGUUCGUUCUUUUCAAUGGUCUGAGCUUGGAAAGAAAAAACAAGAUUCUAUAUCUGGCGAUUUUCAACCAAUCAGAAGGUCGCUGGAAAUCCAUGCACCCGUCUCCAUUGCAGAUGUCCUAGCCGCUCGUACUGAUUUGACAAAAGUAACGAAAACAAGCGGUGGUGAAAUACGAGAAAAAACAAAAUGCGCUGUAAACAAAAUAAUGAUAGGAAAGGUUCCUUUCAGAGGUGGUAAACCUUCGUCUCAGCCACCCCCACCGGACAUGCCACAGUUUUCAAAACGACAGGAACCACCUAAAGAUCAAAGAGGAAAUAAUCUUGGUAGUGCUCGAGGAAUGCGAGGGAGAAGAGGUGGUGGUAGUGGUGGUAAUCGUGGUAACCGACUACAGGGAGGUUAAAUCUCGAAAAUAUUGCAGAAUGUACUUUUAAAAAUAUCUAUGGUCUUAUAACGUGGAAAUUAUCGAAAAAAAUAGUCAAAUUGACGUUGUUGGUAACGUAUUUUUCCAUCUGUUUCAUUUUAAUAAAAUAUGACAUUUUUCAAGAAACAA